AUGGCAGCCAACGGCACUUCCGGGUCCCUCCCCGUCAUCUCCGCCUUGGAGACACUCACGGCGACGACGACAACGCCUGCCACCAUUGCUGUCGCCGUCGUCGUGGGCCUGCUGCUCCUGCUGCACUCCCUCAGCCCGCGCGUCGACGCGCGCGAGCCGCCGGUCGUGAAGCCGCGGAUCCCGUUCAUCGGCCACGCCCUUGGCAUGAUGCGGCAGCAGGCGCAGUACCACGUCGCGCUGCAGCGCGCCACCGGCAAGCCCAUCGCGACGCUUCCGAUGCUGACCGGCAAGAUGUACGCCGUCUGGGACCCCCACCUGAUCGCUGCCGGCCUGCGCAACAAGGCCCUCUCCACCACCCCGCACAUGAAGGCCGUCACGCCCGCCGUCACCGGCCUCAGCGCCCCCAUGGUCGACAUGCUGGGCAGCCCGGCCGGCGACCACCUCGUCGACCGCAUCAUGCUGCACGCGAUCCCGCCCAGCUUCAAGGGCGCCAGCGCGCAGCAUCUGACCACCACCGCGCUGGCCGGCCUCGCCCGCGAGCUCAGCGCCCUCGCCCGCCCCGAAAAACCACCCACACCAGCAGCAGCAGCAGCAGCAACAACAACCAUCCCCAACACCUGGCUCUGGCUGCGGCACCUCCUCACCGCAACAACCGGCCCCGCGCUGUACGGCCCCGCCGACCCCUUCGCGCAGCAC